AUGGACUUUUACUAUAUGCCUGGCAGCAGUGGCUGCCGUACCGUCAUCAUGGUGGCCAAAGCCCUUGGUCUGGAGCUCAACAAGAAGCUCUUGAACACCAUGGAAGGCGAACAGCUAAAACCGGAGUUCUUAAAGCUAAAUCCCCAGCACACCAUUCCCACGCUAGUGGACAACGGAUUUGCCAUCUGGGAGUCCCGAGUUAUCGCCAUUUAUCUGGUGGAGAAGUACGGCAAGGACGACUCUCUGUUCCCCAAGAAUCCCAAGGAGCAGGCACUGAUCAACCAGCGUCUGUACUUUGACAUGGGCACCCUAUACGCUGCCUUCAUCAAAUACUAUUACCCACUUUUCCAAACUGGAAAGACAGGAUCUGACGAAGACUUUAAGAAGGUCGAGACUGCCUUUGACCUGCUGGAAACCUUCCUGACGGCCCAGGACUACGUGGCCGGUGGUCAGCUCACCAUUGCCGAUAUUGCCAUACUCGCCACCGUGUCCACCUAUGAGAUUGUGGAGUUUGAUAUUGCCAAAUACCCGAAUGUGGCCAGGUGGUAUGCCAAUGCCAAGAAGGUGACCCCCGGUUGGGAUGAGAACUGGGAGGGCCUGAUGCAGAUGAAGGCCUUCUUCGAGCCCCGCUUGGCUGCGGCAGAAAAGUAA